AUGGCUGAAAUCAGCGGGCUGCCUGAUGACUUGCUGGUGAAGAUACUAGCGUUUCUUCCAACAAAAGUUGCUAUAUCAACUAGCGUUUUGUCAAAACAAUGGCGGUUUCUUUGGAUGUGGUUGCCUAAACUUAAGUACGAUGAUUACGAUGACAUUACUGAUGGUUUCAAUUCCGUGUCUGCAUUCCAGACAUAUCGGGAUUUUAUUGCCAAGAAUUUGCCAUUACACAGAGCUCCCAUCAUAGAAAGUUUGAGCCUCGGAUUUCGUUGUGGAACACUUCAACCUGAGGAUUUGAAAUCGUGGGUUGAAGUUGCAGUUUCUCGUAGUGUGCGUGAGCUAAGUAUCCUUGCAUAUUAUAGGAAUAAUUAUGCAUUAUCGUCGUCUAGUUUGUAUACCUGCAAAUCGCUCGUGACUUUGAAAGGCUUUAACAUUCGUGUGGAUGUUCCUCCAACAGUUUGUCUCCUGCCUUCCUUGAGAACUUUGGAACUUAAACGUGUGAGAUACUUAAACGAAGAUUCUCUUCGAAUGCUCCUAUCCUUUUGCCCUGUUCUGGAAUAUCUAAGUAUAGAACGACACGAUAAUGACAAUUUGAGAGGGUUAGUUGUUGAUGUCCCGUCCUUGCGGCGUUUAUCUUUAACUUCAUAUACUGGAUGUUCUUCUGACGAUUAUGUAAUAGUUACACCUUCUUUGAAGUAUUUCAAAGCUUUUGAUUACAGAAGUGAAAUUUCCUCCUAUAAGAUUGAGAAAAUUCCAGAGCUUGAAGAGGCAGAUAUCAGUAUUGAGCGAAAUCCCGAGAAGCUUUUCGUAUAUUUCAAAUCUAUCAAAUGUCUUUCAUUACAAGUAGACUUCAACAGCAAGGAAGAGCCCGGGUAUGAUUCUGGUAUUGUCUUCAAUCAUCUUGAAGAACUGACGCCAUAUAUAAACGACGCUAAUUGGUCCAAGUUACUUUUCCGGUUGCUCAAUGAUUCACCUAAACUCCGAGUCCUCGAAAUCAGCAACUCCAAGUCAUUUUAUAAAGAAAAAAUUGGGGAGUAUCUACCGGUUAGCUGGAGCAAAAAUCAGGGAUCCGUUCCUAAAUGUUUCUUGAAUAGUCUAGAAACUUUCAGGGUUAAAUGGUACUACAGCGAGGAGCAAGAAGAUAGGGAUUUCUUGAGUCUUAUCUUCAAACAUGCUCGAUGUCUGAAAUCUACAUCAAUCCUGCACAGAUGA